GAGAUCCAAGUAGCAGUCAGAGGUUUUAGACGUUCCUAGGCAUAGCUGUAGAUUUGCAGAUUCUGUAAACGCAGACUUAUUAUUGGAAUCCUUGUAUAAACUGAGACGACCAGCCACCAUGCUUGAAUGAUAAGCAGUCUUAAAUCAAAUUCCAUCUCAUGUUGCCGUUGCAGGCGCACAUCUGGUGCCCCCCCCCCCGUCUGAACUGGCAGUGCGACAGUGUCCCAGAUUCGGGCGCACCCUGUGCCCCGGGCGGGGCUGCCAGUCGUGACGUCACACGCCGUCAGCACGUGUUCAGUGUGUGGCCGUGCGCGCGCAGGGACAGCCGCAGGGGCCCCUGUCGUCGGUCGCGUACCCGUCGGCUCGUAGGGUCGGGGCGGCGGGUCAGCCGGAGGCGGUGCGGUCAGUGGUCACUCGACAUCCGGCGUGGGAACCCAAUGGACGUGUCCUGACCCGGACUGACCCGGCCAGCCCGGAAAGUGACUCUGAGUGACCUGCCCUGUGCACUGGUAACCUGUGCUGACCCGGGGGUCUGGAAGUGACCCCGAGUGACCUGUGCUGUUCACUGGUGGCACUUGACUCUCGGCGCCCGAAGGGUCAACGCCUUGACUCCUGCUACCUGUAGAUUCAUCCAGCGAUAAGUUAGCUGAGCUCGCCCCUAGUGCUCAAAACUGCCGCCAAUCAACUCUGUGAGCGAACGCCUCUGAUCGGCAGUCUAGCCGGUGCCAGGACAGGCCAGGUCAGGUCCGGUCAGAGAUGCUGCGCCGCGCGCUGACCGUCUCGCCGCAGCGGCUGACGCGGCUGGCCGCCGCCACGCAGCCGGCUCCGGAGCGUGUGCCUCCAGAGGAGGACAUGUUGGACGAGCUGGGACUGCCGGAGCCGGAGCCGCAGCCGGAGAGGUGGAUUCCCGUGAGGCCGGGCCGCGCGCUGCUGCAGAGGCUCGGCCUCCAGCCGGCCGGCUGGCUGUCUGAGGAGCCCGACCAGUCCAGGAUGGGCAGCUUCACGUCGGCGCCCAAGAUCCUGAACCCGGACAGUGCCGAUGACGCGCUGACGUUCCCGGAGGAGUCGAUGACGCCGGCGGAGAUGGAGUCGUACUGCCGUCAGCAGCUGAGCGAGCUGCCGCCGCUGCUGACACGCGAGUUUACCGUCAUCGAGCAGCCUGCAGACGCCGACAGCCAGUUCAGGAUCAUGCAGUGGAACACGCUGUCACAGACGCUGGGCGUGCACAACGACAACUUCACCGAGUGUCCGUCUGCGGCUCUGGACUGGGAGACGCGCCGCUACCGUCUCAUUGAGGAGAUCAGUCACUACGCUCCGGACGUGCUCUGCCUGCAGGAGGUGGACCACUUCAAGUUCUUCCAGAAGGCGCUGGGCACGAUCGGUUACUCGGGCGUGUUUUUCGAGAAGCCCGACUCCCCGUGUAUCUACAUCAAGGGAAACAACGGUCCGGACGGGUGUGCGCUCUUCUUCCGGAACGAGAGGUUCGAGCUGGUGCGCACAGAGACGCGCGUCAUCGAGGUCUGGAAGGUGCAGAGCAACCAGGUGGUGGUGCUGGCCAUUCUGCGUGACCGGCGCACGGGCCACGAGGUGUGCGCCGUCACCACGCACCUGAAGGCGCGCUCGGGCGCCCUGCUCAGCGCCAUCCGCAGUGAGCAGGGCAAGGACCUGCUGUCGUUCGUCAGCAGCCACGCCGGUAACCGGCCCAUCAUCGUCUGCGGCGACUUCAACGCUGAGCCCAGUGAGCCCGUGUACGCCACACUGACCCAGGACAGCGACCCGGAGCUGAGCUCGGCCUACGUGCAGGCCACCGGCGCAGAGGCCGACUACACCACCUGGAAGAUCCGCGGCUCGGGCGAGGUGUGCCAGACGCUCGACUACGUGUUCCUGUCGUCGUCCCGGUUCAGCGUCGAGUCGAUCCUGCCGCCGCCCACCGAGCAGCAGCUGGGAGAGGCGCGCGCGCCCAGCUUCGCCUACCCGAGCGACCACUUCUCGCUGGUGACCGAUGUCAGUAUUCUGCCCAGCUAGGGGCGGGAGGAGGGCCCUCCCCGCCGGGCCGACAGCGGGGCGACAAUGUCAACACAUCCGGGAGACACAGAGGCAUUACUGGUGAUUUGUUGAGUUCUAGUGUUCGGUGCUGUUUGUUGAGUGAUGAGCCUGUGCUCCACAUGUGUUGCUUACAACGACGAGUUCGUCUGUCCCUUCCGUUCCUCAUCUUUGCAAAAUUCAAAAUUUUGAUGCAAAAUUAAUUAUCAUCUUCAUAAGGAUUUUAGAAAUAACAAAGUAAUAUUUAGCGGGUUGCUCACAAUAACGCCUUUGAUGAAGCUGAUCAAAUAAUCCAACUUUUCUUCAUUUUCUCUCCAUAACUGUAUUCCGUGACGCUUUACAUACUUCUGAGUCCUAAUAGCUCAGAUCAGUCAAAUAAUUGUACAACGAAAGAGUUGCCGGCACAAAUGACUCAGAAUACAAAUGCCGUGUGCCAGUCUGCGCCCGGUUUGGUACGUGCCAAGGCAAUUGUUCGAGUAAGCUGUGCCUACAUGCACUCGUGUGUGAUCACCGUUCCAUGCUUCUAUCCUCAAGAUACAGAUAUCCUUCUCCUCCACUCCGCAGCCCCCUCCGGGCUGGACAGGCAACUUUAUCUCAUGCGGGCUGCUCCCUUGGAGCGGCACCGCUGCUCCCGAGGGAGCGCACCCCGUAGCCGGGUGCAGUGAGUGCCUUGGGGCUGGGUGGCCUGUCCUCUGGACGGGUUCAGCCCCGGCGACUCACUAGGGUGCCUGCCCAGACCAAUGUCACCCCCUAUAUCCUAUUAUCCUCCCGGCUCUGAAAUGGUCUUGUCAGACCGAAAGGGCCUAACCCAACAAAACAAACAAACAAAAUCGUGUGUGAUGUGUAAAUUAUGUGCGAAUGCGUUAUUUAUGUGAGCGCGGUAAUCUUCAUUUCGGCUAUUCUCUUCUCUUCUCACCCUCCGGCACACUGGGACAUCGAUUGAAACGUUUCACCUUUCAACGACUUUCACUUUGUGAAUAAAAAAAUAUAUAAUCCCUUCUCAGACCUAUCCACAGCAAUCAAACCUCUAUCAGUUUAGGACAGCACCAGUCAAGCUGAUGGUCCUUGACUGUUCGGUGAUCGUCUGAAUGUAGCUGCACUUGCGCCAUUCGUGCGACAAAGACUAAGAAAAAUGAUUGAUGACCGAUUGCUAAUCUGCACACCCUUGCGAUGGUGCGCAGUUAGAACCCAGCGUCUUUGUCCUACGACCGUCACCUUCCUCCGAACAAGGAGCUGUUGUUGACGAUCUGAAGACACGUGCAUUGUGCACUGCACGGUGGCCCAGGUGACAGUGUAGUGACUUCCGACCCUAUAUUAGAGGCCGGCAGGCUCUAUUGUUGGACCCGACCCACUUCCCUUCCUCCCAAUGACGUCCUUUUCACUGUCAAUGCCUGUUCUCCCACUGUGCUAUCCCUCCAACUGCCUUAUGUCCAUGCCCUGUUCCGGUAUCCUGGGCGGGGCACCGAGGGCAGAGGUGAUUAAUCGACGAGCUGGUGCACAGUUUGCCAUCUUGUAUGCGAAUGAUGCUAGGGUAGCGCCAUCGUGCGCUGUGUUUUCGUCGAUUGUUCAUACCCAGUCCUCGGGAGAUGUUCUACAUUGGAUAUUCUCUGUUGUACUUACCUUUUUCGGUAUGCAUGAUGUCUUGUAUUUAUAUUGUACAAUUAUUUAUAUGCGCUGGUAAUUAAGAUGGAUUAAUAUAUUUAUUGGUCCGAAG